GAGGAGAAGUGGCAAGUUUGUGAUGUACAUGAGCCUGCCUGAGUGAUGCUGCCAAAAUACCUCACAGACUUGCCUUUGUAGCAGGUUGUGGGAGUUAGCUGGGAGUAGCUGUAUCCAGCUGGGUGGCAGGUGGAUCCAAGGGUUACCAUGAAGUUUUCAGGACCCCUGGAGAGCCAGAGGUUGUCUCUCCUUCUGGAGACGGCAAUCUCUAGGGAAGCUCAAAUGUGGAAAGCACAUGUGCCGAAAAUUCAGCCCUAUCAGGAUGUAGCCAUUUCUCCAAAGCAGAGGGAUGAGGUAAUUCAGUGGCUGGCCAAGCUCAAAUACCAGUUCCACCUUUAUCCAGAAACGCUCGCCCUGGCCAUCAGCCUUUUGGACAGGUUUUUAGCUGCAGUAAAGGCCCGUCCGAAGUACUUGAACUGUAUUGCAAUCAGCUGCUUCUUUCUCGCUGCAAAGACCAUUGAGGAAGAUGAGAGGAUUCCAGUACUGAAGGUUUUGGCUCGGGAUAGCUUUUGUGGUUGUUCUCCAGCUGAAAUUCGCAGAAUGGAGAAGAUUAUCCUGGAUAAACUGAACUGGGAUCUUCACAUGGCAACGCCACUGGAUUUCCUUCAUAUUUUCCACGCAGUUGUGGUGUCCAACAGGCCUCAGCUACUGACCAUCCUGCCCAAGCUGAGUCCCUCUCAGCACGUGGCGGCGCUCACCAAGCAGCUGCUGCACUGCAUGGCCUGUUACCAGCUGCUGCAGUUCAAGGGCUCUAUGCUGGCACUCGCCAUUGUCAGCCUGGAGCUGGAGAAGCUGCUCCCCGACUGGCUGGCUCUCAUCAUCGAGCUGCUCCAGAAAGCACAGAUGGAUAGCUCGCAGCUGAUCCACUGCCGGGAGCUCGUGGCACAUCACCUUUCCACCCUGCAGUCUUCUCUGAUGCCCAAUCCUGUAUAUGUCUACAGUCCCCUACAGCAUACCCUGGUGACCUGUAAUAGAGGAGUGUUCCAAUGCCAGCCGUCCUCUGUCCCAGGGCCAGGUUUCUCCAAGGACAACGGCAGACCAGAAGUGCCAGUCAAAGGUACAGCUGUGCUCUACCAGCGUCUGUCAGCUCCCAGCAGCUGCAAACAAGCCUCUGCCAAGCGUAAAGUGGAAGAGAUGGAAGUGGACGAUUUCUAUGAUGGCAUCAAGCGGCUCUACAAUGAAGAUGUUGCUCCGGACGUAGUGGCUCUGGAAAACAUGGGCUCUGUUUGUGGCGCUGAUGUUUCAAGGCAGGAGGGCAACGUUUCCCCUUGUCCACCUUUACAGGCAGUGUCUGUGAUGUAGCUGGAAGCGCACACCACCCGCUCCACCACAGAAGAGUGCAGACCUGGCCUCCUGUCUGCUCGGCGGGAGGAGAAGGGGCCGUACCUUCUCAGGCUGGACUGAAGGGAGCCAAAAAACCCAGAAAAAAAAAAAUCCUAACCCUUUUCUGAUUUUUUUUCCUAGUGCGGCUAAUUAUAGUUCAACUAUUCAAGCACUUAAAAACACAAAAAAGAAUAAAAAAUCUAAAAAAAGACCCAAAAA